UUCAAACAUAUCUAGAAGACACUCACCUCGCAAGAAAUCAUACGACCACACCAUUUUUACUAGUAUAAAUACGUGGUCCAGAACGGAACCAUUGUACCCUAUGCUAAGAAAGUAGUACACUAUCUUCCAACUGCAGAAAUCCCCCCUGCCAAAAACCAUUUUCUCUCUCCUCAUUUCCUACUCUCUCUCUUCUUUUUCUCAUCUGAAAUUCCGUGAACUCCACCAGAUUUCUCUGCCACCUGUUUCUCCUUUUCAAUUCAACCCCUCUUAAAUACACACCAUAAAUCUUCUACGUAUUGAUGUGUGAUUAUAGUUAAAUUAUUUAUUUAUUGCUAUGAAAAUGAUACUUCCGGCGUGAAUUUUGAUGCCUAAUUGUGGUGGUGGUGGUGGUGCGUCAACAUCCGCCGUGUUGAAGCUGAGCUGCGGCGGCGAUCGAAAUUAGGCGAUAAAUUUGCGUUUUUUUUUUUUUUGAAAUUGAAGAUUAAGAGCGUGGGUAACUAUGGGUUUGGAGAGCAAUUCUAUGCCUAAAAUCGUGAUUGGGGAUUUUGGUUACACUCUUGAAGAUGUUCCCCAUUUAUCCGACUUCAUUCCUGAUCUUCCUACUUAUCCGAAUCCGUUGCAAGACAAUCCUGCAUACUCAGCUGUUAGGCAAUAUUUCGUCGACUACGAUGACACCAUUGCACAAAACAUUGUUGUUCACAAGGACACUCCAAGAGGGAUUCAUUUUCGACGCGCUGGUCCUCGCCAAAGAGUUUAUUUCGAGUCGGAUGAUGUGCAUGCAUGUAUAGUCACGUGCGGGGGCUUGUGCCCUGGUCUGAACACAGUUAUCAGGGAGAUAGUAUGCAGUUUAAAUUAUAUGUACGGUGUAAAGAGUGUUCUUGGUAUACAUGGAGGAUAUAAGGGAUUUUAUUCUAAAAACACGAUAUCUCUAACGCCGAAAAGUGUGAAUGAUAUUCAUAAACGUGGAGGAACAAUACUCGGUACAUCUCGAGGUGGUUACGAAACUAAAAAAAUUGUCGACAGCAUUCAAGAUCGAGGAAUUAACCAGGUCUACAUAAUAGGUGGAGAUGGAACUCAAAAAGGAGCAGCCGUAAUUUUUGAGGAAAUCAAAAAACGAGGUUUGAAGGUUGCAGUUGUCGGAAUCCCCAAAACCAUCGAUAACGACAUCCCGGUGAUCGAUAAGUCGUUUGGUUUCGAUACAGCUGUCGAAGAAGCCGAGCGUGCUAUUAAUGCGGCCCAUGUUGAAGCUACAAGUUUCGAAAAUGGCAUAGGUCUUGUUAAGCUAAUGGGAAGAUACAGUGGAUUUAUUGCUAUGUAUGCUACAAUUGCGAGUCGAGACGUUGACUGCUGCCUUAUUCCGGAAUCGCCCUUCUAUCUCGAAGGGCGCGGUGGUCUUUUCGAGUAUAUCGAGAAACGGCUUAAAGAAUUCGGACAUAUGGUUAUUGUUAUAGCCGAAGGUGCAGGGCAAGAGAUGCUUUCCGAGAGUUUGAAUCAAAAAGAUGCUUCCGGAAACAAGCUUCUCCAAGACGUUGGACUGUGGAUUUCACAAAAGAUUAAGGAUCACUUUUCGAAGGAAAGAAAGAUGACGAUUAAUCUCAAGUAUAUAGAUCCAACAUAUAUGAUUAGGGCUAUUCCUAGUAGUGCAUCGGAUAAUGUAUACUGCACGCUUCUUGCUCAAAGUGCUGUUCAUGGAGCGAUGGCGGGAUAUACCGGUUUUACGGUGGGCCCUGUUAAUGGAAGAUAUGCUUAUAUACCUUUUCAUAGAAUUAACGAGAGGCAGAACAAGGUAGUGAUAACGGACAGAAUGUGGGCCAGGCUUUUGUCUUCGACCAGUCAGCCGAGUUUCUUGAGUACGAAAGACGUUGUCGAAGAUAGCAUGGACGACAAAAAGGAGACACCUAAUUACGCAUUGUUAGAAAAUGGCUUCGCGGAUGCUCACAAAUAACUACGUCGUGUUCUAAACGAUGUUUUAAGCUUGCCACCGUCCAUAUAUAGAAAUUGCUUAAUCUUGUUUCGAAUUACAGUAGUUUUUGUUAUAAUAUGAACUCCCUGCUGAAAUAAAGAGGUGGAUUUUUGUAAUGGUUAUUCGUCUUCUUGAUGUAAUAAAUAGAUGCUUCAUCGAAAGCAUGUCAUCGAUAUGUUUCAAUAUAUAAAUUUCAAGACAAACUCAA